GCGACACGUAAAGCGUUUCGUCCACAACACAUGUGGAAAGAGCAGAGCUGCAGCGUGCGGGGAAACUAAUUGUAUGAAACAAACCAUAGAACACACAUAAAUCAGGCACUAACUUCGAAUACGACGUAACAAUGGAGGCCAAAUCCAAAAAUACAUUUUCUCCCAAGACCAAGGGUGUUAAAACCUCUGCUCUAAAAGGAAAAGAUUCCAUCAGCACUAAGAUGGGAGGAAAGUCUGGUGCUAAGAAGCCCUUUAAGAAGCCUUAUAAAAACACAGAGCACAAAAAAGGAGAGAACCAGGCUGCCCCAAAGUUCACCAAAAAUGACAAAGGAGUGAGGAAGAGGAAGCGGAUGCAUGGGAAGGAUAUUGAAGGAGGUAAAGGAGGUCCCAUAUCUAAAAAGUGGAAGAGUGGAAAACCUGAGCCCAAAAAGAAGCUGUCCAAGGAGGAGCUGAAGGCCACAAGGCAGCAGAGGAAGAGGGAUGUGAAGAGGAACAGACAGCAGGCUGAGAGGAAGGACAUGUUUGACAUCAUCUGUCAGAGCAAGCAGAUCUGGGGCCAGUUGCGCAGGAAAAAGUGUGAUGACCAGAUGAAGAAGAAAUUGAUGAAGCAGCUCCAUGAUCUGAUCAGGGGGAAAUCCAAACAGAUGGCAUUCGCUCAUGACUCGGUCCGCAUCCUGCAGUGCUUCAUUCAGUUUGGGAGCCAUGAGCAACGCCAGGAAGUGUUCAACGAGCUCAAAGAUGACACGGUGGCUUUGUGCAAGUCUCAGUAUGGUCGGCACGUGGUGAAGAAGCUACUCAUGUACGGGAAUAAAGAGGUGGUUGCGUUGGUGAUGCAGACGUUUAAAGGUCACGUGAAGGCCAUGCUACGGCACGCCAUGGCUUCCUCUAUCAUGGAAUACGCCUACAACGACAAGGCCACGCUUCCACAGAGGCUAAUGCUAACGGAGGAGCUGUACGGGAACACCUUCACAUUCUGCAGGUCCUCAGUGUGCAACACCAUCGACAAAGUGCUGGAAGCUAAUCCAGACAAAGUGGGCUCCAUUCUGGACGAGAUGAAGCAGAUCCUGACUCCCAUGGCCCAGAAAGAACAGGUCAUCAGACAUUCGCUGGUCCACAAGGUGUUCUUGGACUUUUUCCAGUUUGCUCUUGAAAAGCAAAGGACGGAGAUGAUUGAAUCCAUCCGGGAGGCUGUGGUCUACAUGGCUCACACUCAUGACGGAGCGCGGGUUGCCAUGAACUGUGUGUGGCAUGGAACGGCAAAGGACAGAAAGGUCAUUAUCAAAACCAUGAAAACGUACAUGGUGAAGUUUGCCACGGGGGAGUUCGCUCACCUGGUCCUGCUGGCCAUCUUUGACUGUGUGGAUGAUACCAAACUGGUCAAACAGACCGUGCUGUCAGAGCUACUGUCCUCUCUGAGCGAGGUCCUAGGGAACAAAUAUGGCAAGAAGGUGAUGGCCUAUCUGUUGAACCGACGUGACCCUGCCCACCUGUUGCCAGAGACCAUCCAGCUACUGCAGAUGGGAGACGGCAACCAGCACAGUAAAAAGGACGCAAAUAUCCGGAGGAGGGAGCUACUCGAGGCUGUGUCCCCUGCUCUGCUCCAGUACCUGUGUGAGAAUGCGGUGAGCAUGGCCACAGACAAAGCCAGCUGUGUAACCGUCAGCGACAUCCUGGCCUCUGCCUGUGGAGACCUCAGACCGGCUAUGAGCGCUGUGGCCCAGCUCGCCAACCAGGAGCUGCAGCCCGGCGGAGCCAACGGCAAGCUGCACCUGGCGGAGCACCCAGCUGGACACCUGCUGCUCAAGUGGCUGCUGGAGCAGGACCUGGUGCUGGCGGAGGCUGGGAAACCAGAGCGGUUCGGUCGGAUCUUGGUGGACAGUGUGGAGAUAGACAAACUGCAGACAUGGGCUCGAGUGAACCGUGGAGCCAUGGUGCUGAGCUGCCUGCUGAGCAGCUGUGAUUUCUCGGUGGUGGAGGAGGUGAAGGCCGCCCUGAAGCCCCUCAUCCCAGAGCUGGAGCAGAGUGCCAGCAGCAACCAAGGAGCCCACAUCCUGCUGCAGAAACUCACCCAGAGCUGUGGGCCUUAGCCCAUACUGUGCCGGGACUGUGCUUACUGGACUCACAACACCUGGAGGCCCUUGCCCAGUCAGGAGAACGUUCAUGUGGGCUGCUGUUGAGUUUAGGUACUGUAUGAAAAUAUUGUUUGUCAAAUAAGAGGAUUGUGUAUAUUGUGUUACGUGAAAUCCAUAAGACUCCAUUGGAAUGACUAGGAGUGUGUACCCAAUGCCAAGGACAAGACUGAUGCACACGGCAGCCAACUAAAUGUCCCGUGGAGUAAAUGGAAAGUGUUCACUUCAUACCAUUAUGUAACCAGCUUUUUUAUUUUGACAAUAGCUAUACAGAGGCAGUUUGUCAUAAAAAUUAUUUACCCCUCAAUUUUGCCAGAGGGUCAGUAAUGGUGGACAAUAUGGUUAAAAAUGAGUAUUUGGGUUCUUUUUUGUUUGUUUCUGUUCAUGACUUUGCAUGUUUCAUCAUGUGAAAUGACUAUUUGCAUGACAAAGGUGCACAAGUCUCACUUUGAGUGACAACAUAUAUCUCCAUAUAAAUCAGCAGCAUUUUUAUUGAACGUUGUGGGAAAUAUCGAGGACAUCGAGUACAUCUUAAACAACAUUUGUAUUAUAGAUUUGGAUUAUGUGCCCACUUCUGCUUCAGCCACCAAAUUCCAAUGUAAAGUGGACCUGUGAAAAUGUGUGCCAUGUACAUUGUCAUUGAAAAUACUUUAACAAGCAUCUUUAAUAAUGUUACCACAGACAAUAUGUGAAAUACAAUGGGUAAUUGUUAUAUUUUAAUACUAUGUUGCACAGCCUAUGCUACUUAUAAUAAACAUUAAAAUAUA